UUGUUAUUAAAAGUACCUUCUCACCACUGUUUACUUCAGUUGACAGACAAUGCUUCCUGGCGUGGCACUCCUGGUGAAUAUGUUGUUCUCUGCAAUCACUAUCUUCAUACGCUGGGUUCUCUUCUGAACUGUGAAUAUCAUGUAAAUGCAACAACAAACACUGCAGUUUUACAAAGACUCGACUCUGCCAAAAGUUACCUUGUCUACAUCAAGAUGUGUAAUGAAGAAAAAAUGUGUGGUCCAGAUAGCGAGCCAUACAUAAUAAAGGAGCUUCAAGAUAACUCAACAACACCAACGAAUGGAGGAAAACUGAGCAACAAACAAAUCGCUUUGAUCACAUUGUCAGUUGUGGUGGGAUGCAUAACAGCUUUAUUCGCUAUAUACUUGAUAAGAAAAUGGCGUCGAGGGCAAUUACACGAGGUAUUCCACUUAGUAACCUUGAGGGAUCGUAUUUUACUUCAGCCUCCUGUGCCAGCUAAUUAUGACUAUGUAGAUCCAUCAGUUACAAAAGACUAUGAUCAGCUCAAUUUGAACGAAGUUCAACUUUGAUGUCACAUUGGACAGCAUGAUAGAUGUAUUAAGACGCCUAUCAAUAGACGUCACUGCAGGAGUGCUGAGUCAAGCAGUCCUCCACAGGAAAAAAGAUGGCGACUGUACAUUUUAGCACAAUACCAUGGGAACCUUACACAGCCCAUAAAGUAGAAGGAAAAAUAGCCAUACUUUUGCAAUAUUUGUCUUUGUGUUAACGACAUUAUGUAUGUAAGGUUUAAAGCUCUCAGAAUGUUUCUGUGCAUUAUUAUUAUUAUUGGUUGUUAAGUUUUUUUUUUUAUGAGCGUUGUUAAAGUUUUCGUGCACUAAGAAGCAUGGGUUAAUGAACCAGUCGCCACCUUGUUUUUUUUUUCCUUAGGAGGAUUGCCAUUAAAAUUAAGCUAGGUUUAUUAUAGCCCUGAUUAACUUAACUGGUUUAAAGGAAAAAUACGCUGAAACAAAGAGCAAAGUUACAAACAAACAAAAAUAAUUGCAACGAGGCAGGUUGCCAAAAAAAUGGUUUAGGCUAGUUGAGUUAAGGAAUAAAUUGGCUUUUCUGUUAGAAGCUGAAUUGAUCGAGGCAGUUACUGUUAACUGCCCAUACAUGUUAUAUUUAAUUACAACGUGAACAUGUCUUAUUUAAAAGUGACUUUGUAUGACUGUGUCACACGACCUUGUCGAUCAUUGAAAAAAAGGUCCUAGAAAGACAUAGAUGCCAGAAGUGGAAAGAGCGCAAUGAAAUUAGUGAGAUUUCUAAUUUGAGGCCCUUGACGUUUUAGUGGGAGAUUUUAGGACAAUUGGACAGUUUGAUAGUUCUGCUUGCUGUCCAGCAGCAGGUUUAACGUCAGUGCCUCAGAAUUGGAAUUAUCACUAAUUUCAUCAUGGUGUUUCCCUUUCUGAUAUUUCGUACCACGACCUCUUUUUAUGUUUGACAGGGUCACGUGACACGGUGUUGCAAAGGCCCCAUUUAAACUGUAUGUACAUCAAUUAUUUCAUGAUAUUUAAGCUGUGUUCUGGUUUUCAUGUUUCAAUUUACUUUAAAAUAUGAACUCGGUCAAGAAUGAUCGUCUUGUGGAUAGUAUUUUUGCUUACUGUUUUUAUGGACACUAGUUCUCAGAAUUUAGUACAACAUCAACGCUAUAUCCUGGGCGAUGAUUUUCUUUAGCAUUUUCACCUACUUGCUUGGUGUUGUAUAAUUUUAUUAUUUGACACAAAAUUAGACAUAAGUCACUUUAGACUCCUAGGCUAAGUUCACAUGGGACCAGUCCUAGACCCGAGAAUCAGGUCUGUUCAGACGGGAAUGUUCUUUUAUCAGCAUAGACUCUCUUUAUGUUGAACUGGAUCAGCGUGCUUCUUGAUCCACCUGAGCAGAUCAGAUGUGUCUACCUCGUGAUCACGCUCAGAAUAAUACUUAUAAAACAAUUUCAGGCUAGAUCCAUUUUAGAGUGAUGUUUGUGGAUGCUGCCAAAAUUGGCACGUUCCGUCUGAAAAUGGAUUGGUGUAGGUGUAGCACGGACCAGUUCAGUUUGAACGGUCUCCAAACCGGACCUGAGUUUUGCACGUCCAAACAUUAACUUGGGCUGGCAAAGGACCGGAGCAUUAUAGCUAGCAGGUUGGUCUGUGAGCCUAUUUUGCAAGUUUUGCACCGGAUCCAUUGAAAACUGUUCCCCUCCAAACCUAUCCUUGCACAAGUGAUUGGUAUUUGCCAGGUUUACAAAAAAAAAAAAAAA